AUGCAUAAUUCAAAACAUGAAAGUUACAUUAAUGAAGAAUCUUUAUUGAAAAAUGAAGAUAAUUAUGACAAAUUAAAAAACGAAGUAAAUAACCCAAAUGAUAAUGAACAUAAUAGUAACAAUGUAACAGAAUAUGCUAAUAUGGAAGAAAAAGAAAAUUCCAAGUUUGGUGGAAGUAUAGAAAAUCUUGAAAAAACGAGCAUUUCACUGAUUGAGGAUUUAAAUGAAAACUCCCAAAUAAACCAACUUCAUACUAAUAAACCAAAGAAAAAAAAAAAAAGAACCAAAAAAUGUAAUGAUGAUAAAGAAUUAUUAAAACCUUCAAGUCAAAUGGUUAGGAUAAAUUAUUUAUUACAAGCAUCAUUCCUAAUAAAUAAAUUUAGUCCUAAUUUAUCAAGAAAAUAUAUAAAAACUAUGAGACGACUUUCCAAUAAAUUUUUAAUAAAAUAUGAUAAAAAAUUUAAAAAACUAUUUUGUAAAAAAUGCAACUCAGUUUUUAUUCCCAGUGUUACUUGCAAUACAUUUGUUAAUUCAUUGAACAUACAAAAUAAUCAUGUAAAAGACUCUAUAAGUACAAAUAAAAGUGUAAAACAACGUGAUGAAUGCUUAGUAUCAUAUCAGUGUAAUCAUUGCCAACACAUCACAAAAUUUGUUUAUGAAAAUACUCUACCAAUUCCUAUUGAAAAUGAAAAAGACGUCACAAUAUAA